CGCGGGGCGGGCUGUGACCAUGGAUGUUAUUGCCGCCGGAUCUCCUCGAACGUAGUCCCUGAGUGAGAUCGGAUCGAAUUCUUCUCGACACCGGGAGGGAACCUGUGCAGGUGAGCAGAAUGGCUAAUGAAGUACCCUGGGUGGAAAAAUACCGCCCGGAGAAAUUCACCGAAAUCGUCGGAAAUGAGGAAACAGUUGCGAGACUAGAAGUAUUCUCCAGGCAAGGAAACGUACCCAACAUAAUUUUAUGCGGACCACCCGGAGUGGGGAAAACGACGACCAUACUGUGUUUGGCUCGUUUGCUCCUCGGAUCCUCAUUCCGUGAAGCUGUUCUGGAAUUGAAUGCAUCAAACGACCGUGGUAUCGAUGUGGUUCGGAACAAAAUCAAGAUGUUUGCUCAGACAAAGGUGACAUUACCUCCAGGACGUCACAAAAUAAUCAUUCUCGACGAGGCCGAUUCCAUGACGGAAGGAGCUCAGCAAGCCCUGAGGAGAACCAUGGAGAACUUUUCGAAAACGACCCGCUUCGCGCUAGCCUGUAACACAUCGGACAAGAUUAUUGAGCCGAUACAGAGUCGAUGCGCAGUCAUCCGUUUCGGCAAACUCAGCGAUGCACAAGUACUCGCCAAAAUCAUAGAUAUUUGUCGAAAGGAGAACGUAUCGUACGCUGAAGACGGGCUGGAGGCGCUUGUGUAUACCGCUCAGGGGGACAUGCGUCAAGCGAUAGGGAAUCUUCAAUCCACGCAUGUGGGUUUCGGCCAUGUGAACGGGAAGAACGUGUUCAAAGUCUGCGAUGAGCCUCAUCCGUUGAUCAUAAAAGAAAUGAUUGAAUAUUGCGCGAAGGGUGAUAUCGAUGAAGCCUAUGCUCGAAUGCAGACCCUCUAUUCGUUGGGAUACGCGGCCGAAGAUAUAGUUUCCAAUAUGUUCCGCGUUACCAAAACGAACCAAACGCUUCCCGAGUACUUGAAGCUCGAAUUCAUCAAACACAUUGGCUUGACGCACAUGACUGUCCUUCAGGGACUUGGAUCUCUCCUACAACUGACCGCCUUGCUAGCCGAUCUCUGCCAGACCAUUGAAAUCAAGAGUUAGCCGGAGUCUCUUUGAGGUCCCAAUGUUUCUAUUAUCUGUGUUCAUAACGUCCGAAGAAAUACACAAAGCUCGAUUUCUGACUGAC